UAUAUGAUAUAGGCCUAAACUAUAGCCACACUAUUCAGGACACCAUGAAUCGAACGAUAUGGGUGCCAUUCCCGUUCCUCGUGUUCUUUCUACUAAGCGGCACAACGGUUGGAGAGGGAAGUAGUCCCACAGUUCAAAUGCAAGAAGGAGAAGUGAUAGGACGGACUGUGGUAUUUAGCGAAAGCGCUUUCACCAAAAUCACCAACAUCACCAGCAAAAGUAUUGAUGUGUUUCAGGGUAUACCUUACGCUGAACCACCAGAACGCUUCAAGGUACCUGUCCCGAAAAAACCCUGGCAAGGAGUAUGGAACGCCACAUCUUUCACUUCGAGUUGCAGUCAAGACCCUCACCUUUACUACCCGCCAUCGUCCGAAGAUUGUUUAUAUCUCAAUGUGUAUGUGCAAAAUCCAAAGCCCUCUCAGGCAGCUGUUCUGGUGUGGAUCCAUGGGGGUUCAAUUGAAAUAGGCACAUCGAUGACAUGGGAUUUUUAUGGACUGCCAUUGGUUGCUGUGAGUGACGUCAUUCUCGUCACACUAAACUACCGGCUUGGGAUAUUUUCACAAUUCACCACUCGAGACAAUGAAGCCAUUGGAAACCUUGCCAUGUUCGAUCAAGUGCUGGCCCUAAAAUGGGUUAACAACAACAUUGCAGCAUUUGGAGGAGACCCAAGCAGGAUAACUAUAUUUGGAGUGAGCUCAGGUGCUAGUAGUGUCAGUCUUCACCUCUUGUCUAAGCUCAGCCGAGGAUUAUUCAGCCAGGCCAUCAUACAGAGUGGAUCAUCACUGACGAAUUGGGCCUUCUUUGAUGACAAGACAACAGACCUUAGAAAUGCAUUUGAUCUUGGCCGAGCAAUGGAUUGUGACGUCACCAACACUUCUACGUUAGUGUCAUGUUUAACAGCAAAGCCGGCUGACGACCUUCGCAGGAGAGCAAAACAGAUAUAUAGUGCAUAUACUGCAAUGCACAUUGAUGGUACAUUUCUUGAAGACACGCCCACUGCCAUUUAUGAAGCUGGAGAUUUUGCUCACGUACCCGUCAUCAUAGGCUUCGGUAAAGAUGAAGGAACCAUGAUACCGUUCCUCAGCUUUCCCAAAUACACGGGAGAUCCACAUCCACCAUUCAUCAAUAAAACAACAUUCAAUGCCUUUGCCAAAAGCUCAAUUUCCUUACUUCUAUUACCGAAUGGGGUAAACAUUGCCCCCCUGAUGGAUGUAGUAUCCCAUGAGUACACCGACUGGUCGCAGGCGGACAAUCCCAAUGCAGAUUACUACCAGGCUCUGGUCGAUAUGUCUGGUGACAUCAUUUUCAGCUGCCCUGCCGAUGCUCAACUACGUUUCCACACUGGCUUUGGGGACAAGACUUUCGCCUAUUUCUUCACACAUGCUCCAUACGCCACGAGCUACGCCCAGGUUGGAGAUAUCGUUCCUUUUACUCCAUGGGUCAAUGCAGGUCACGCCGAGGAACUGAUGUUUGUGUUUGGGAUGCCUUUCAUUGAGGAACUUGCAGACAUCCACGGUAACAACAUGACAGACGAAGAACGGGCACUCUCAGUGAAAAUAAUGACAAUGUGGUCCAACUUUGCUAAAUAUGGAGACCCCAGCAAAUAUUCAUCCACUGACAGCCCCAGUCAAGGAGAGUCAAGAUGGCCGAUGUACACUAUUCCUGAUCUGAGCUUCAAAGAACUAUCACUAGACCUAGAUGUGGGUAGAGCCAAGAGAGCUAGACAAUGUCAUUUGCUCAACAGUUAUAUCCCUCAGCUUGCACAGGUUACAGGUGACGAAGAUCCAAGUGUCCGCGAAUGGAAAGAGCAUUUCAACGAAUGGCAAAUAAGCAUGGCAGAAUGGAGAAAACAAUUCGAUGAUUAUAAUUCAAAGAAAACAUGCUAGAAACUAGAUAUACAUUCAAUAUAAUGUUAAAACUGAGAUCAAAUUAUAUUACGACAAUUUCUGCACAUCUUACCAUUUUAGAAUUAAUACACUGUGAACCUAACAUGAAAAUAAUGAUUAUUAUUGAUUUGUUUAUCCUUACGAACAGUACUGAUUCAUAUAUAUCUGUACUAGGACAAUUGUUUUCAUGGUAUAUACUGUUUGAGAUGUGUCAUUAUCCCAAUUAAUUGAACUGAAAUGAACAGAUUCUCCACAACAAAUUGUUUUUUUUCCAUCUAAUUGUUGCUGUUAUUGUUUUUAGCUUACAAAUAGAAUUAUUCCAAUAAAUGCAAACAAUACAAUAUUACUACUUAAUUCAAGGGCUCCGUAUUUAAGGGUUAACCAUAUACAUUUAUCAUAUUCAUACAUUCUGAAAUGUCUUAAGCAGUAUCAAUUAUUUCAGAAAUAUAUGAAAAAUAUGUAAACUGUCCGGGGAAAAAAAAGAAACACACAUAUUGAGAUCGGAAUAUAAUGUGAACUCAAUGUUUAUCUUCCCUGAGCAUGCUGGGUUGUGGUAAUUGCGUAAUUGUAUUUGUUCUUAAGGAAAGAUAAAUCAUCAUGCACGAGGCUAUCAUAACAGCAUACAGUCAACAUAGCUGUUAAUUUUAAGGUACAAUACAUAAUGUAUGGUGAAGAGUUGGAUAAGACCGCACGAAUUUCCAUCAAAGAGUGAAUAAAAAUUAGGCAUGCUUUUAUGCGAACAUGAUAGAACAACGUUUACGCCAAAUGUAUAUAUACCUCGGAACGGCCAAUUACAGAAAUAAAUCUUUAUUAUUGCAAGAACAUCAUGUGUCGUUUACUACGUCUUAUGCUCAUCUACUGCGUUAUUUUGGUAUAUCAAUUUGGAAUUAGUUCAGAGGAUCCUACGGUCACAGUUACUGAAGGAGAGCUCUUUGGAAAGACACUUUUAUUUGAGGAAUAUGAAUCCAUAAACAUAUUGAAGUUGGUCGAUGUUUUCUUGGUAAGCUCUCUACUUGUAUAAGUCAUGCACUUUGUGUUUCACAAAUUCAUUAGUGAUAUCGAUUUUUUUGGCAUGUGUUGUGGAGGUGCACUGGUCGUGCUGGUCUUUGACGCCUGGCCACAAAAGUCCAGGGUUCGAAUCCCGGUAUGGCACUUUAUGCCACAGAACAAAGGCAUUUGUAUCUUCAUGACUUUUUUUCAUCAUAAAAUCGAUAAAUGUAAUGUAAGUCAUUUUACUAGUAAUCUAAUUUGUGAAUUUGAACGAUCAGCAAAGUAGACCAAAUAAAUGUCUUAAAAUACUUGAAGAGUAGUCCAUUCGUUAUUCCUUGCAUUUUUAUACUAGCAAAAAAGUACUAUAUUAGACUCAUCCUUUUCUAUGCCCUUUGCCCGGAUAUUACUUAAUUGUUCCAAAUACUGAUACAAUUAAAUAAAGAUAAAUAUUAAUGCCUAU